UCCCAAAGCAGUCGAAGGGCCAUUUUCAGGUCUUCCAGUGUUUUUAUUUUCUAAAUUUACUUCUCUCUGCCCCAUGAUAUGUGUAAAUUCCCAGGCCAGAGAUCAAACUACUCCACAGCAGCAACCUUAGCUGCUGCAGUGACUACGACAGAUCCUUAACCUGUGUUUUAAGUGAACAUGAAUAUUUCUAUUCCUGACAAAGCCUGCUCAGUAGCAACUGGAAACUCAAUGACAAACUCCUCAGUUGGGCACUCAAGGCCUUUUCCAACCCGCUCCUUCAUUUCUUUCCUUUACCCAAUGGCCAGAUGCUCUCCAGCUUCUGGGCUAUUGCUUACACUGUUCCUAGCUCCAUCUAGGUCUCCAACCGUUGAAAUCCCAUCAUGAGUUUAGUUUUCAUCCAAUAAUAUCUCUUCCUCCUCCUAUGAAGUCUCCCACCCACCCUUAUCCUGAACAUUCAUGGGGAUGUAUUAUUUCCCCUUUAAAACUCCAGAGUGGCUAAACUGGUCUCAGUUAUCUUCCCCUCACACCCAGCUCAUUGCCAUUGGCCUGCACUUAGUAGGCCAUGGUAAUAGUCAAUAAAAUACCUGCUGACAGAGAGUGAGUGGCUUCUAUUCCAGCCCCAUCUGCCUACAGAGUGAGGGGUUUGGACACAGGACUGGGGCCUCAGCUCCUUUCGCACCCGUCUCUCCCCACCAGCCCCAGCUCAACUUUACGUAGAGUCUGGCUGGCUUUAAUCGCAGCUUUCCUGUCACUAUAGCGACGGGUGGGGCAAGAAAGCAAAGUCUCGCUAUGGAACUACAUCUCCCAUCAUGCACCUGAACCCCAAGGUGCUGGGCUCAGCCUGCGGCCUGAGACCCAUAUGUUACCCCUUCUCCCCACAUCCCCGCCCCGGGAGCCCCGAGGGCUCUGGGAUGAGGAGCAGAGCGCGGGAGUACCACCUCGCUCCUUGCUCACCGCGGAGGUUGCGGCCCCUCGUAACCUAGCGGGUAUCUCGGGCCCUGGCCUGCCUUCGGCACCGCCACAUCGGGCCUAACAUGGCCGCUUAUACCGGGACCUCCCCCGUGUGCAGAGCGCCGGCCGAGGUCCUGGGCCAGGAUCUGCUCCCGGCAUUCCUCGCGUGCGUGGCGUGGCCUCCCUUCUCUCUUCUCCAGGUCCCGCGAGAGGGAGACUCUGGCGCGUUCAGGUAACAUGGCCUUGGGCCUGAUUGAAGUGGAACGAAAGUUCCUUCCCGGGCCCGGCAUAGAGGAGCGGCUGCAGGAGUUGGGAGGUAUCCUGGAGCACCGAAUCACCUUCCGAGACAGCUACUAUGAUACCCCUGAGCUGAGCCUCAUGCGGUCUGACCACUGGCUGCGACAGCGAGAGGGUAGUGGAUGGCAGCUCAAAUAUGCUGGGGCAGCAAGUGUCUCAGAACCCUGCACUAAGUACACGGAGCUCACAGCUAAGUCUGCAAUUGUGGCCCAGCUCUGUGAGGUGCUGAGGGCUGAGGUCCCCAGGGCUGGGGGUGUGGCUGCUGUGCUGGACCGUCUGGGGCUGCAGGAAAUAGCAAGUUUUGUGACCCAGCGCAGUGGCUGGAAACUGGUGCCGUCUGGAGCUGAUGAAGAGGAGCCACCCCUCAGAGUGGACCUGGAUACAGCUGACUUUGGCUACGCUGUGGGUGAGGUAGAGGCCCUGGUGCGUGAGGAGGCUGAAGUCCCAGCUGCCCUAGAAAAGAUCCACAGCGUCAGCAGCAUGCUUGGUGUGCUGGUGCGUGAGGAGGCACCUGCCAAGCUAAUCGUGUACCUACAGUGCUUCCGGCCUCAAGACUAUCAGCGCCUGCUAGAAGUGUACAGCUCCAAAAGGAAGCCAGAGGGGACUGAAGAUCUGGACGUGAGACUGGGCUAGGGUGUCCCCUCCUCUGUGGGGAAGAGCAUCCUGGGUCUCCUGAGAUUCAUUCUUGGCCUUGCCGUGCCUCUUCCUCCCUGGCCUCCCUUUGGAGGGAGUGACCCUCUCGGUUCUGCCUGUUCCUUCACCCUACCCUCAGCCAUCCUUCCUGGAGCCCUCCUUGGUUGCGUCCUCUCCCUCAUCCGUCAGAUGCAAUCUGCGGGCCGCCCCUCUCCCCUGGCCGCUAAGCAGCCUCCAUUGAUUUCCGCUCGUGUUUAUAGGAUUUCCACUUAGCCGUGAUCAGUAGUUAAGCACAGGAAAAUCCCUUGCCACCCCCCUCCCUUGGUCGAUGCCAUUGAUUCUGCCAGCGGCUCCUAAACCGCCUUACAGCUGAGUUAGAGAUGAGGGGAGGCAGCAGGGAUUUCCCUGCCCUGGGGUAUGGGGAAUAGCAGCAGGUUGGGCAAACAGGCAGGAAUCCCUGUUAGGAAUCGAGAAAUUCUGGUUUGCUGUUGCCACUGUGUCCUGCUCUGGCCCAGAGGGCAGCGUGCCUCCUGUGGAAGUUUAGGGGCACAUCUGCUCCCCAGCCCUGGAGAGGGGUAGAAAGAAAACCCUCCUUUGCUGCAACCAGUUCCAAAGGCUCAGGGCAAGAUACCUACUUCCCAUGUAAGAAAACUCCUCCCUGGGUGUUAAACACAUAUGUUUUCUACCUCAAAUAUGGUUUUCCCUCCUCAGGCUUUAUUAUUUGUGAGGUUGAGGGGGAGCCCCCAACAGGUUCUGCAGUGGCAAGCACAGGACCAGAGCGCCACCUGCUGGUAGCGCUCAGAUGUGCCUCCAGGUAGCUGGGGCCCCUGUGGUUUGGGUUCUUAGGAAGACUUCAUACUGUGAGUGGAGGCAGAGUUACUGCCAUGUCUCCACAGGCAAGUUGUUCACCUCAAAGAUUUCCUGCACCGACUGGCCAAAGUGGUUGUAGGUGAGGCGCAGCUUCAGCCGCAAGGGGGCCUAGAGAUAAGAGAGCAGAGACCAGGGUUAGCACCUAUGACAGCCCCCUUUCCUGGGUCCUAGCCUUGAGGGGCUCCUGGAGCUCACCUUGUUAGGGUUGAGGAUUCUGAGGAGCUGCGUCAUCGGAAGGCCACCCUGAGCUGGAACUGUGUCCCCACUAGGGGCCUGUAGCUGUAGUUGGAAACUCUGAACACAGAAGGUUGGACAGAUCCCACAGUAAGGCAACUGGCUGGGCUCAGGCAACCCCUCCACACCCAGUAGUUUGAACCCUCUUCCCCUAAAUCCCCAAGUGCCUGUCCUGGCAUAUCACUCCCUCCUCAUCUCACUCUCUUCCUGACCCACCUCCUCUACUUAGUGGCCUUUUCUCCUGGAGUGCCCAGGCAACAUCUGAAUCCUAGUCUUCUACAAACCUUGGGCACAGCGGCCUGGCAGAUGAAGUGGGUGACAUCACCCGCUGAGGUAUUGGUGGCUGUGACAGUGAUUAACAGCAAAGCAGGGGUUCCAGGGGGUCGAACGAAAGACAGAUUCAGCUGUAGUCCCUCACGCUCAAACACUCUGAGAUUUGGGAUGGGAGCUAUGGUAGGGAGAGAAAAGCAGCUCAGUGUAUGAGCCGAAGAUAAUAGUUCAUUCGUUCCACAAAAAUUAAAUGAGCACCCAGUGGGUGCAGGGCACUGCUCGAGAGGCUAGCAACAGAGUGGACAAGGAUAUGAGGUCCCUGCUGGAGCGGACAGCCUAGUGGGGGGAGAGGACAAUAAACGAGAUAAUCACAGAUGGUCA